AUGGCAGGACAGGCUGCUGGCAAGGGCAAGAGCCUGCUGCUCUACCAUGAGCACAGCAGAGCCUUUCUAAGGGAGGGUGUGUUUGCCUCUGAAAGGUGCCUGCAAGGCCUGGAUUUCCUUCACUCCAAGCAAGUGAUGCACCGAGACGUCAAAAGCCACAACAUUCUCCUGGGCCUGGACGGAUCUGUCAAGUUGGCUGAUUUUGGCCUUUCUGCUCAGCUCACCGCUGAGCAGAGCAAACGGAGAUCAGCUGUUGGGACCACUUACUGGAUGGCGCCAGAAAUCUUCACCAGGAAAUGCUAUGGCCCCAAAGUGGACAUCUGGUCCUUUGGCAUUGUGGGGAUCGAGAUGGUGGAAGGAGCGCCUCCUCACCGGAUGAAAACCUCCCGCACGGUUCAACAGCUGAUAAGCACCGGGGGCAGCCCGAAGCUGCAGAACCCCAGGCAACAGUCCGCGUGGUUGCGAGACUUUCUGCACUGCUGCCUGGAGACGGACGAGGACAGGCGCUGGUCUGCCCGGGAACUUCUGCAGCAUCCGUUUGUAACAUCAGCCAAGCCGACCUCCACGCUGACGCCUCUGAUCAUGGCAGCACAGCAGUUCAUGGCCGACAGGAGAUACUAGCCCUGGAAGAGGCCCUUGUUGUUUUUCGUAGUUUCUAGUUUCUAG